AAUGCACCGGGAGAGAACGAAGGCGCCUUUUGUUACCCAUGCAACAGAAACACACUGGAUUUGUAGGACACUGCGGCCGUUUUUGUUUUUGUAGUGCCGGUCGUUUGGGUUAAUUAACGCCGACAUGGCUCCGUGCAGCUUAAUGACAGCGAGUGUUAGCCUCCUGGCUAAGUCCUUCAGCGUGUUUUCCUGCACAAGCACCCUGGCAAGGUGUACCGGUGUUCUUCCAGCUGCCUAUUUCAACACAGUGAAAUGUUUCACCACUCAGAUCAAACCCCCUCCAAAGAGACCUCUGAAUGGAUACAUGAGAUAUUAUUUGCAGCAGAAGUCAUUAGUGAUGCAACAAAAUCCAGAAAGCAAAUCUGUGGAUAUCGUAAGGAAGAUCGCCCACCAGUGGAGAAUGUUGAGCCCAGAACAGAAACAGCCAUUUCAGGAAGCCUCUUUGAAAGCCAAUGAGCAGUUCAAGUUGGACAUUGAGCGCUACAAGGCACAACUUACUCCUGCACAGCUCCAGCAACAAGCACUGGAAAAGAGGCAGAGGAUGACCAAGAGGAAGGCCAUCCGAAGGAAGAAGGAGUUGACCAACCUGGGGAAACCCAAACGCCCUCGCUCUGCGUUCAACAUCUUCAUGUCAGAGCACUUUCAGGAGGCCAGUGGAGCCACGUUGCCGGCAAAGAUGAAAUCACUGAUGGACGACUGGAAGAAUCUGUUCAGUCAUCAGAAACAGAUCUACACACAGCUCGCAGAAGAUGACAAAAUCCGCUACAAGAACGAGAUGAAGGCAUGGGAGGACCACAUGGUGGAGAUUGGACGAGAAGACCUACUCCGAGAUAAGACCCGGGCAGCCAAGAAGAAACUUGCUACUAAAAGUCGAGCAACCAAGAAAAUAGUGAAGAAAGCCAAACCAGCAAAAGAAGCUGCUGCAAAAGGAAAGUCAAAAACAACCGCGAAAACCAAGAAAAUUAGCUCUGUAAAAACUGUGCCUCAAGGCUCCACUAAGAAGACAUAAGCUGUGUUCUUCUGCUGGGUCCAGAGGAAAGGAGUUGCGAUCACCUAGGGCUGUGGUCUGCUUUGGUUCGAUCUCUAACUUGAAAUUCACAGAGUUACCAGUUGUCAUGAAUGCCCGUUAUGUUCAACAGGACAAAGUCUUCACAGCAUUGAGACUGAUAAGGUUCAUUUGAACCCAUCAAUGUCUUUGUUUAGUGAAUAUUAUUAAAUAAAUAUUAAAUAAACCCUGAAAGCUAUUUUUUUUUACAAAGUACAGUGUGAGUUUAUUCCUCACCCUUUCUACAAGCCCACAACCUCUAAUUGAUUGGUUGGUAGACGCCCCUAGAAUGGUGCAGAGUAGGACUGUUCUAGGCUUGAAAAAAACUUACUGGAUGAAAUGUAAACAUUUCAGAAUCUUCGACAUUUGAAUGAAGCAAUAUUUAUUGACAUUUUGCAGUCUGCGAUGUCUGGAAAGCCACAAUGUGUAAAACAAUUCUUCAACAAUUCUUCUUGCCGUCCCACAAAUAACUCAGUUUUCUAUUUUUGGCCAAUAAUAUAAUGUGAAGAAUUAGCCUUGUCUCACUCUGUGUUUUAUAUUAUUUUAUUUUUUGUUGUCAAACCCAUGAAAAGUUCAAAAGCAACAUGCUCAUUUUUGUACUUUUACUUCCCUCCAAGGUACUGCUGACAACUCAAGACACCUUGCAAAUAUCCAGUUUGAUUUAAAAAAAAAAAAAAAUAGUCUGUAAUUUCUUAAAUCAGAUGGUGAUUGUAGUUUUGUUUUUGGACAUUUUUGUAAUUUGUUUAUUUUUUGAUUUCAGUAGGGAAGUCCUGAAGUACUGCAAGAUAAAAACAGUUUUGAACUUUUCCUGCAGUUUAUUGACAGUAACUGAUAUGGUUGCAUAUCUCACAAGCAGCACUUACUAGCUAGAUAAGACCGUACCACUGGUCCCACCUGGUCCAGCAUGACUGAAUUCUUCAGUAUUAUUACUGUUCUCAGUGUAGCAUAAGCUUUAGUCGCAACUGUGAAACCUGAUAUUUGUCAGUAGAUAAUAUUUUUGAUGCCGCAAAUUUUAAACACUGACUUCCAAAUUUACAUUGCUCCCGCCAGGCUUUUUAUAUGACACAUUUGUUUGCUGUAACUCAUCCAAGUACUGACAUUUUGAUGGUGUACAGGCUCAGUUUGUCUUGAUUGUGAAAAUCAGGUUGAAUCCAAAAAAACAAAAACGGAAUUCUUCCCUAUCCAACUGUAAAGACUGACACUUCACAAUAAUGAAGACCAUAUUUUCAGUGUUGAUAGUUGCUUGAGAAUGUAUUUAGUGCUGCCACAUUCAUACUGCGUCAACUACAGCUCUUCUUGCUUUGUGCUGUGUGUUUUUUAAAUAAACAUUUACAUUCAC